AUGAGCGUCUUGCUAGAAACAACCGUCGGGGAUCUAGUGGUUGAUCUAGACUACCGAGACUAUAGCGUUGAAUGCUACAAUUUCAUUAAACUCUGUAAAUGCGGUUUCUACAACUACCAGUGCUUCCAUAAUGUCAUAAAGCACUACUCAGCCGAGUUAGGCGACCCACAGGUCGGAUUCGGUGAACGUGAGGAUAUAAAAGUUCAUAAUACAUCAAUUGAAGGAAUUGAAAAGGAUGGUACUGUUUCUGCCAAGCUGGUUAAGAGCUCAUCAACUAAGAACGAUGAUAUUGGAACAAAAGGCAAAAUAGGGUUUAUUUAUUCUGGCCCUACUAACUAUCUGAUAGGUUCUAAAAUGAUAGUUGCACUCAGCGAACUCCCCAAAUCUUACAAACAUACAGUUUUUUUUGGAGAGGUCAUCUCCUCGUCCCAUUCUUCUCUAGAUGCAAUUGGUAACAGCCUACUUGACGACCAAUUCAGACCUAAAAUUGACGUAAGAGUGAGGAAAGUACAUAUUAUCCACGACCCAUUCCCUGACACCGAAAAUAUCCCUGUCUUAACACCCCCACUUCCCCUUCGGGAUGUCCGUCUUCCCCCAUCGGCAAUCAACAUCGCAUCAACGGCAACUACAGAAGAGGACAUCAGGCGCAAGGAAGUCGCUCUAGAAGUAUUUGGCGAUAUUAAACACCGUGGAAUUAAACCUGCUGACAAUGUGCUAUUCAUCUGCAAACUUAAUCCACUUACUAAGGCUAAGGAUAUCGCCCAAAUAUUUUCAAGAUUUGGUAGCGUGGUCUCCGUUGAGAUAAUCAAGGACAAGGAGCAAGACCACUCCUUGGGAUACGGCUUUAUUCAGUUUGAAUCUAAACAGUCGUGCGAACUUGCCUACUCCAAGAUGGAAGGCGUGCUAAUAGAUGAUAGAAGGAUCCACGUAGACUUCAGCCAAAGUACAAGGCGGGGGGGUAGAAGGCAAACAAGUAAGUGA